AUGGACACCAAGUCCCUCUUUGAAUACUAUCAAUCUGAGCAAACUUCAGAACAUCUCCAAGAGAGUGGAGGAAGCGGAGGGUUGCCCGUCAGUCGGUAUAGGAGCGCAGGACACAAUCUAGACCGUAAAGCUCUUCUUCCAUAUUCGAGAUAUCCAGCAGAGCUUCUAUUGCCUUUGCCUUAUUCCAUGCACAGCUACCCGUUCUCCAAGUAUUCGAGAAGCACCUUGAGUUCGCUAAUGUUUUGUGGGCUCAAUGCUACACCCGAGAUCGAAGAAAAACUUCAUUAUCCAAGGCAAACUCAAGGGCUCAAUUAUACUAUCAUGUCUUCGAUAAAAAGAAAAAGAGCUGCGCUUGGCCAGCCUUUAACACAUUUGAAGAUCCAUGAUCAAACGCCAACAAAGUCCGAUAAAAGCUCUGAUAAAGCCAUAGAAGCAUCAUCUGUAUCCAAGACUUCAAUUUAUAGAUCACAGCCAGAACUUGAUCAAAACAUUAGCAAGAAAAUGCCCUCGAUUAAUUAUGCAAUAAUACAGCCAUCGAAUCCAAAAAUACUUAAAGUUGCUAUUAUGGGUGCUCCUAAUGCAGGCAAAUCAACACUGCUAAAUUCACUACUUGGUGAAACUGUUUCCAUAGUAUCGGACAAAGCACAUACAACUCGGCAACGUACCGCCGCAAUACUAACAGAAGGAAACUAUCAGAUAGUAAGUGCAGAAUUACCCGACAGGUGUAUCACUUUCUUCUAUCAUAAGAUAUUUCUCGAUACACCAGGGGUAGUCCCAGGAAAAAAUAAACAUCGAUUGAAUAGAGAGCUUGUUAAUGCGGCAUGGCAUGCACUACAAGAAGCUGACCAUCUGUUGGUUGUCAUUGAUGCAUUCAGAGCAUCGACAAAAUCCACAUACACUGAAGAAACUAUGUUUGAUCGUUUGAAUCGGCAUAGCAUUCCUGCCACAUUAUGUUUCAACAAAAUUGACAUGUUGGGAAGCCAAAGGGAUCAAGAUAAAUUGAGCCAGAAAUAUCAUCACCUUUACAAUAAUAUCAAAGAGACUUUAUUUAUUUCUGCGUUACAUCUGGAAAAUGUGAAUGAACUCAAGGCGAAACUUUUCUCUUAUACUUACUCCCACAAAUGGCUCUAUUCGUCAUCCCAAAAAGUCGAUAUGAGUGAAAUAAAACGAGUCGAGGAAUUCAUACGGGCAGAAUUUUUUGAUAGAUUUUAUGAUUACAUUCCAUACAUGAUUAAGCUUAAUAAUUUAUGGAUGGAAGAGCAGGGUGAUGGUAGGCUCAAAAUAGUGGAAGAAAUACAAUUGGAAAGAGAUUCCCAAGAGAAAAUAGUGGUAGGCAAAAAUGGGAACGUAAUCAAAGAGAUUACAGCUGCUGCAAAAUCAAACAUCGAACGUGCGUUAGGGAAGUCGGUUGAUUUGUAUCUGAAAAAAAAGAGACGUACUCAUGUUCGUCCUAGUGAUACUCCUCUCCCGAACGCGCCGGUAAUACCGCAUUCCUUUGUCAUAAAAUCAGGAAAAGUUGGUAAAUCGGUGUCUGGCCUUGUGAGGGAUAUUCGCCGUGUUAUGGAACCUAAUACUGCGACCAAAUUACGAGAACGCAAACGCAACAAAUUGAAAGACUUUGUCGCCAUGGCCGGUCCCCUGGGCGUUACCCAUAUUUUAAUCUUAACUCAAACAGAAACUGGUACUAAUCUUCGGAUUGCUCGAUGCCAACGGGGACCUACACUUUGUUUUCGGGUGACAAAGUUUGCCUUGAUAUCUGAUGUGCUCCAUGAACAGAAACACGCCAAGAGCCCUGGAACAGAAUAUUUGACCCCGCCAUUGCUAGUGUUAAAUGGAUUCGACGGAGAAGAGAAGCAAAUGAAGUUGAUGACAACCAUGUUUCAGAACAUGUUUUCGCCUAUAAAUGUCAAAACGAUGAAUCUCUCUGAAGCGAGACGAGUUGUGUUAUUAAACUACAACCGUGAUACAAAGUUAAUCGAUUUUCGACACUACAGCAUUGGAGUGAAACCAAUAGGUGUCAGUAAGAAAUUAAAGAAAAUAGCUGCAAAUGAGGUGCCUGACCUUCACGAAUACAACGAUAUCAGUGAAUAUAUUCUACGCAAAGGAAUGUCUGAAAGCGAAGCAGAAAGUGAAGCAGAAACAAGCGCAGUAACUCUCUCUCAGAAUUACCUUGGCCGGAGUAACCCCAAAUCCUCUCAGAGAGCAAUAAAACUGACCGAGAUUGGACCACGAAUGGAAUUGGAGCUAGUCAAAAUACAGGCUGAAAUGUGUGAUGGAGAAAUUCUUUUUCAUCAACGUGUGACGGAUUCUGUCUCCGAAGAAUAA